AGACUGUUACAAAUGUCUUUCCUUCCCUCCACCCGCUUGACACGUGGAGGACUACCGCUGGCUGGGCUUAGCUCGGGAGACCACAGUGGGCAGAGCAAACCGGGCGCGUGCCCCGCCGGCCUGGUCUGUGGUUGCCUUGGUUUUGACUCCAGGACAGCCAGGAUCUUAGGUCAGCCAGGUCGUCUGCAAGAGAAGGGGAGUGGAAGGAGAGGUCGUAAUCUGAAGGAGUGGCUGAGGGAGCAGUUCUGUGACCACCCGCUGGAGCACUGUGAGGACACACGGCUCCACGAUGCGGCCUACGUGGGGGACCUGCCGACGCUCAGGAGCCUGUUGCAGGAGGAGAGCUACCAGAGCCGUAUCAACGAGAAGUCUGUCUGGUGCUGUGGCUGGCUGCCCUGCACGCCGCUGCGCAUUGCGGCCACCGCGGGCCAUGGCAACUGUGUGGACUUCCUCAUCCGGAAGGGGGCCGAGGUGGACCUGGUGGAUGUGAAGGGGCAGACUGCCCUCUACGUGGCUGUGGUGAACGGACACCUAGAGAGCGCCCGGAUCCUCCUUGAGGCUGGUGCCGACCCCAACGGGAGCCGGCACCACCGCAGCACACCCGUGUACCACGCCUCGCGCGUGGGCAGGGCUGACAUCCUGCAGGCGCUCAUCAGGUAUGGGGCUGAUGUGGAUGUCAACCAUCACCUGACACCUGACAUCCGGCCCCCUUUCUCCCGGCGGCUCACCUCCUUGGUGGUCUGUCCCCUGUACAUCAGCGCAGCCUACCACAACCUGCCGUGCUUCCGGCUGCUGCUGCAGGCUGGGGCGAACCCUGACUUCAACUGCAAUGGCCCUGUCAACACACAGGAGUUCUACAGGGGCUCCCCUGGCUGCGUCAUGGACGCCGUCCUGCGUCACGGCUGUGAGGCGGCCUUCGUGAGCCUGCUUGUGGAGUUUGGAGCCAACCUGAACCUGGUGAGGUGGGAGCUGUUGGGCACAGAGUCCAGAGGCAGAAGGAAGGUGGACCCCGAGGCCUUGAAGGUCUUCAGAGAGGCCAGAAGUGUUCCCAGGACCUUGCUGCACAUGUGCCGCGUGGCUGUGAGAAGAGCGCUUGGCAAACGUCGCCUUCGGCUGAUCCCCUCGCUGCCGCUGCCGGACCCCAUCAAGAAGUUUCUACUUUAUGAGGAGAAUUAGGUGCAGCCGCUGACCGAAGUGCAGAAGAAGGUGCCCACGGUGCACGCUGGCGCCAGUCCUUGCAUCCUGUGAACCACGUCCUGCUGCUGCCUUGUCCAUUGGCUGUGGAAGCAAUGGCCUUAUUCUCGUGGACAGGAAUUCCACCUCAGGUGCUUGGGCCGGUGAACAGCUCGGGGGUCAUUGUUCGCCUAGAGGCUCACACAAAACUUGAUUUCAUUUUCCUUGAAUAUCUCUGUUUGGGACUUUCGCAGUUGCAUAUGAAUGAAGUGGACCUUGAUGUGCAUGCAGGUGUGGGCCAGGGCAGGGGGGCUGCUGACGUCCCCAGUAGGGAAGACUCCUAGCACUUUCUAGAACUGUACUUUUAUUUAUUUUUCUACUUUGCAAUUUAAUUGUUCUAUUAAACCUAAUAUCUAAAUGCAGAAGGAGUUUGGUUAAAGAAAAAAAGUAGGGAACAGAAAUGCAGUUCCUGAACUUGCUAGUUAGUUUUCCCUGCUUCUGGGUUUAAUCAAUGGAUACAUCUCGCAUGCACGCACGCACACACACGUGCGCGCGCACCCCUUCCUGCUGCUUGGCAUUCUUAGGGUGACCUGUAUUCCAUCCAGCGUGGUUUCCUGGCUAUGCUGCCUGUUGGUGGUACCCAAGUCCAUGGAGGUCACAGGCAGAGAGCUCCACAGCGUAGCACCUGUCCAUGUACCUCCUGUGCCUCGUGUCACACCAACAGGUGUCGUGAGUUCCCUCCCACUUACUUUAGGGAGCUCCCCGACGAGGGUGGGUUGAGGAGGCCCAGCAGAGCUGGCCAGCACAUGACUGCCUCCAUCCCGGCAUAGGACCAUCCCACAGCAUUCACUGCCAGUGCACGUGGGACUAGAGGACAGCAAGGCACUGUCGUCUGCCCCUCACUUCAGAAACGGAGCUCAGUCGGUCCUUGGGGGUUUGGGUGCUGGUGUCCGCAGUUGCUUGGUGUCCAGCAGAUGAGGCAGCUGCUGGUCGGUUGGCUGUCUUUACUGUUGGGGUCUAAGUGUCUCGGUAGCUGCCCCUGGCAUCUGUGAAGGAGGAGUGGUGAAGCCAGGGUCUUCCCUGGGUGUCCACGUGGCAGGGGAGAGGCGAGCUGUCAUUGCGGCCCGGGCUGUGCGGCCAGCUGUGGGGCACUCGCAGUGCGCUCUGUGCCUGCUCGGGCUGCGGCUGUGCAGUGACGUCUCUGUCACUUGAGUCUCAGGGUCUUGAUCUGGGGUGAUUUACAUUUAAGAUGUGCUUUAGGGUGAGAUUCAAAUCUAGGUUUAGACUUUCUUUGCCAUAAGAGAAACAUAAUUUGUAGAAAUUAAACAGAUGCUGUGUUAAUUAUUAUAAUUCUUUUGUAUUGGAGCUGACCAGGCAGCGUGGCCGAGUGUCGGGGGUGGCGGGCUCUGCCUGGGACACGGAGCUCGCGCCUGUGCGGCAUAGGCGCUGCGUGCAGUUGUGAGAGUGCUGAUUCGGAUGGGAAGCGCGAUUGCUGGGUGUUGCUCAGCAAUGAGCGGGGCUGGUGGUGCGUGUAAGUCGCCCGGCUGCGGCCUGGGUUUGGCUCUGUGUUGCUCCUGAGGUCAGGAGAGCUUGCACAGGCGGAGAGGCCUGGUGCCAACAGGAUGAGGGUGUGACAGCUGGGGCUGCGUGUAGGAGAGGGGCCUGGCAUGUUGCUCAUGGUGCUCAGGGAAGACCUAGAACUAGAACUGACUCCAGCUGGGCCAGGAGCUCUAAGGAGUUAGAGAAAGAUUCUCCGAAGGGCUGAGGCACCUACAGGGGAGCCAACCACACGGGGCCUCGCGUCAUUAAAGGGGAUUCUCAGGCCUGGGAGCGAAUUUGCUCCCUUUGAACUCUGUGCUGUACGGGACUCUCGGAAGGCUUUCCCCAUGCUGCCUGCUGCAUGGCUCUCUCCAGGCGAGCUGUGUGGUGAGCACACACUCUGCCUGCCAGGUGCCUUCUGUGGGGGCCUGAGCCCGGCUUGCUGCACACCAGCGCCUGGACGGCUACAUGCUCAGGGGCCAUGAAGCUGAAGGUGGGUGAUGCGCCCGCUGGGCUGGGUCUGGGAUUUCAGGCCGUUUCCCUAAGGUAGGGAGAAGAAUGGCCUGGCUCUGUCCUCGUUUCUGGGUCUUGACUAGACCUGGCCAGGCAGGGGAUGUGUCCGAGGGAAUGAGCCAGGCUGAGGCUGCUCCUGUCCUCCUGGGUGUAUGCGACCUCCAGCAGGUCUGUAGGACACGUUCACUGCCUCUUUGCUCGUUUUUAAGAAUCCCAGCAGCUUUGUUGUGACUCGGAAGCUGCACAGCUGACAGCUCUGAGCCUGAGAUGGGCUUGGAGGCUGAGACUCGCCCUGCUCCUAGUGGUGCUCACUUCACCACAGCUCCUUGUGCCUCUUGUUAAAGACAGGGUGCAGGACUGGGAGCAGCUGUCCGUGGGAGCACUUGCGAAGGCAGGUGCUAAGCCCUGAGGACCUGUGGCCCACAGAGCGAGGAAGCCUGGUGCCCGAUGCGGCCAUUACCUCCUGGCCCAGGUCCGGGAGAGGAGCCUGGUGGCUCCCAGGGGGCACCGUCUUAGCUGUCUGUCUGUCCCCAUUCACAGGGGCGGUGCUGCCUGCUGAGCAGUCCUGCAGCCGAGUCUUGGCUGCUGUGGACAGAGGUGCCAGGCGGCCCGGGGUUGGGACAGCAAUGAUUGCUGUGGGAUUUAGCUUUGGAGUCCUGGGUGAGGGCUUUUAAGGUGUAUUUCCAAAGUCCAUUGGAAGCAAACAGUCUGAGUGUGCAUUUAUUUAUGCUCUGCCUUGUUUCUUGGCAUUCUGACUUUAGGUGCGCUGAGCCAAGACGUCCGUCUUGUUAAGAUGGGUAACUAGCGGCUUCCUAGUGGCAGUUGUGUUUCUGUUAUCAGGCUUCAGGACAAUCAUCUUGUUCUCUUUCCGUUCUAAAGUGACUUUUUCUUGAGAUAAAAGUCAUGGAAGAAAGUGCAGCACCCAGCAAACACGGCUGGGGAGAGGACAGGUGUGCCGAGAGCGUGCCUGGCCAUGUCUGGGCUCAUGUCUGCAUGGCUGCAGGCAGGUCCCGUGGCCUGCAGAGGCGGCAGAGCUGCUGUGGCCCUGGGCGGUCACGGGAGAGCAGGGCCAGCCAGGCACAUGCCCGCCAUGUUUGGGCUGCUGCUGGCCUUCCCCGUGUGCUACAUCAGAGGCAGUGACAGUGCUGGGAGGGUCUGGGACCAGGAGAGCUGGACAUGGCUUUGUGCCUGUGUGUGGUUGGGGUCAUUGUGGCUCCGUGUGGCUGCAGCUGGGGUGAAGACCGGCAUGACAGAUACUCCAUGAAGUCAGGGCUGCUCAGCCGAUAGCAGAAGGCAAAAGGGCGCAGCUGCCCUCUGCACUGUCGUGAAGGCUGAUCGUCUUCUCUUAGUCCCUGGCCUGUGCUGCGUCCUCAGAGCUGGGCUGCUCUGGUCCUCUGAGAGCCACCGCAGGCCCAGGGACCCACAGCACCUUCCCAGCUCGCCAGCGGCCAUGUGGUUGCCGUCUUCUUCCUCUUCCCUUCCACCAAGUGGAAGUGGGCGAGGCCGCCCUCCUGCUUUCCAGGCUUCUGCACUGUGUGGAGGCGCUUUGCGAGAUCGGUCUGGUCGCUGUGGACAGGCGCGGGGGCGCAGUGGUGUUCCCUGGCUUGGCUGUGUUCUGUGCACUACUCGUGUGACUCCAUGGGCCUUGGCAGUGCUGCGUUACUGUCCCAGGUGCUGGUCUUGCUCUUCGUGUGUGGUGCAGAGGUGGCCACUUGGAGAUGGCCAUCAACAGGUGUGACGCAGUGUGGUUGCUUUGGGAGGUGCCAGUGCUGGCUGGGCAAGGGGCGGCAGAAUUUCCAGUGCCUGCAGGGCAGGAACAGCUCUGAGGUCCAUGUGCAGACACCACUGUGCGGGCCUGUGGCCUCCCCAUCGCAGGAGAGGCAGGUGGGAAGUUCUGUGCCCUCUCACGGGCCCUCGGAGCCUGCAGUGGCCUGGGAUGGGCCAGCUGGGUCUGGGACUGCAGACACCUGCUGCCACCGCCUCACCUGCCCGUCCCUUACCACUCAGGCACCAGACUGGCUUCUUGGGGUCUGGUUGUCCACUAGCACACGCUGCAUUCCUGGAAGGACCUCUGCUGACCACAGGACAUCCCGCCCCACCCUCACUUUGUCCUCCUCCAAAUCCGACUCCCUGGGUGUGCAGUGCAGUAAUAGACAUGCAUAUGUCAAUGGAGUGGGGUCCAUGCCCGUCCCGGGGCAGUCCCACAGAAGGGGAGACUUGGGGGUGGCGGGGCAUGUAGAGUAUGUACUGCCAUUUCUGGACUGAUGAUUGGAGAGGGCUGAGGGAGGGAGGCGGGGACUUCUGUUACCUUGACGUGUGUCACCUGGAAUGCACAGGACACUGUUCUAAGUUGCUGUGAUUUCAAGCUCUCUUGGACAGCACCAUGUAACAUGUAUGUGUGCAUAAACUGCGUUAGCGUGGUGUUGUGAAUGCAGCUUCCCUGUGUGUCCUGGUCAGUGCACUGCUGUCAUUCUGCCAGUGGUGCCCGGCUCUGCCUGCUGUGGCUGCUCAGCUUCCAUGCUUCUGCUGGGUGUUGGGUGUGCCAGGUGUGGUGUGCCUUAGGGCCUGCGUACCUGGGGACAUGCUGCAGAGGACACUGCCACUGGUCUUCCGUUUUCCCCUCUGCUUGAGCCUGUUUGCCUGCAGGGGCUAAGAGCAGCACCACUUCUGCCCUCCAGCCUCAUUCAGAGCUUCCCAAGGUGUGGUGGGGGUUUUUGGUUGUUGUUACAACUUUAAUAAAUGCUUUGUUCCCUUCUUCCCCAAA